AUGGUUUGUCAGCAUAUUUGCGAAGUUGAAGGAGAAUGCGGUAAUUGUAAUGGACAAUGCCCCAUAUCACAGCAUGUUUCGUACGAAGAAAACACCUUGAAAAGUGAUCUAGUACGUCUUGUUAAAGAAAACGCAACGUCAACUUCGUAUGUAGUAGAUGAAUUAGUAAAAAAUAGUUCAUGCUUCGUUUUGCUAUUGCCUCCGUAUCACUGUGAGUUAAACCCAAUAGAGCUCAUAUGGGCUCAAAUAAAAGGAUAUGCUGCUCGCGCUAAUAAUACUUUUAAAAUUUCAGAUGUUUUGAAAUUGUUCCAUGAGGCAUUAACCCACGUCAGUACAGAAGAUUGGAAGAAGUCGAUUGAACAUGUAAAGAAAAAGGAAGAAGAAAUGUGGAUGAUGGAUAGUAUGUAUGGUAGCAAUAUACAACCCUUGAUAAUUCAUUUGGAAGAAGAAGGUGAUGAUGAUGACGAAGGUGCAUAUUAG